GAUAGGGAUUCUUAGAAGUCGUGAUAAUCAUUAAUUAUUAGCUUCAGCUGAUGGAAUACAUCGUGAUGCCUCACUUUUGUGCUUCCAUAAGGCUUUCUCUUUUAGACAUUAGAAUUAAAUUGAGUUGUUUAAGGUAGAAAGAACUCUAAUAAAUGGAUAGAGACGGAGCAUUAUGAGAUUUGGCACAGGCACACAAUUGGUCGCAGAACUUGUGAGCUCUCCUCUAAAAUCCAUUUAUUUUAAUUUUCUUUUCUCUGUAUUAAAUAUGGAUGUAUGCCCCUUUUCUCUGGGCUGUUUUCCAAUAAAAACACAUUGACUCAUUAUUUACUUUUAAUGUCAAGAUAAACCUAUGGUGCAUAAGAAUUGUGGUAUUAUGUUCCUAGCAUACUCCUUUUUAUGUAAAAUUCAGUCUAGCUAAGCUAGUUAAUGAAGUCAAAAAUUGAAACAUACAUUCAGGAAAUGGACCCAAAAUUAUAUUGCUCUCUUCCGGAAGAACAGCUUUUUCCUUUUACAUGUGACAAGAUCACCCCUAUAAAGAAGAAAUUUGAAAAAAGAAAUUGAUGGAAAACUAUUUUCAUCCAAUAAAAUAAAGCAAUUGAAACCCAUUAAAAACCAUUUGCAGUAUAAAUCUGCUCUAAAUUUAACAAAUGGUGUAUUUUCAUAGAGCUGGAAUUGCCAUAUGUAUUAUGUGUGUGUAUUUUAUCAAGAGAGAGUAUAUAGUCUGUAAUGUUGGCAAGUAUUGAAUACCUUGAUUUACUGGGGUAAAAAAGGUAUUGAAUACUAUUUACUUGUUUAUUCAGCACUUGAAAAACAUGACUUGUAAGUGAGAAGCUGAGAAUGGUACACAACUUUAGCAGUCUAGUGCAGUGCAUAUUUUCUAAACUGAUUUAAUGCAGUACAGCUUUGCCAUUGCUUGGUGUAACAGUGAAAAUGUUUUGAGUUUGAGAACAGCAGCAUGUUUUAUUGAUGCAUCCUUGUGGCUUGUGGUGUUUUACCUUAUAUUUACUUCUGCUUGUCCUAUGCAUAAUAAAUUCACAUCCAUUUAGUAAUUUUUGACAGAUAUCAUUAGCAGAGUCUCGGGAACAAUUUAUAAUAUAUUCCACAUUCUUCUUCUACAUUACAUGCUAAAAGUAUUGUUAAUUUCUUCUCUGCACAGUGAAUGUUUCAAGUUCUUAGGGAUCUGAAUACUUCAUCAGUUCACCCUGAACUUUGGUCGUCCCACUCGAACUAGGUGAGGUUGGGAUGGUCCAAAUAGUUUACCAGGUUCAGUAGUUUCUUUAUGAGGAUUUAAUCUGCAUGCUAAGUGUAGGGUUACAAUUUUUUUGAUGUUCUUGUAUAACAAAUUCUUUGUUGCACCUUUGUGGACUUGUAUAGGCUAGUCAGAAAUUUCACUUGAUAGAACUUUCGUCAAUGGGAAAGAAAAUAAUUAAAAAGGUGAUGUGCUUUAUAUAUUCAUGCCUAUAAAAUUCUCAUUACUGCAUUAGCGAAGACUGAGGAGUGAGAUGCUUUAGGGAGGCUGAGGAUGAUGUGUGUUGAGGAAUUGCUGUACCUAUAUGGAUUUGUCAUUGAUAAUAACCCAGAUGAUUAUCUCAUGGUUCAUUAUCCAAUAGAUGCUAUUCAGAGAGUUCCCUUUUCGGAGUCCAAAGUACAGCUUAUUGAAGCACAGAAAGCUGAGAUGAGGUGUCUUUUACCUAGAAGUUUGCUAGAUCAGGGUUUUUUCCCAGCAUCCACUCCACAGAAAGAAAACAAGGAUAAGUAUGGAACCAGUCAGGUUUGCAACUAUAGUUGGAGUGGUCAACGCAAGAUGCCCUCUUACUUGAAUAAACUUGUUUUUCCUGAGGAUUUCUUAACUGCCUUGAGGACCAAAGCCAUGCAAGAAGACGAGUUAUAUCAGGUUUCAUCAUUACUUGAGGAGCUUGUUGGUGCUGGAGGGGAUAGGCAACCAUCAGAUGCAGAAGUUCGAGCUGCAAUAUGGGAGGCUUGUGGGGAUUCCGGAGCUUUGCAACUGCUCGUUGAUCUUCUUAAUACCAAAAUGAUGGAUCUCGAAGAGUGGUCUGGGGCAGAGGACUGUGACACUGAAUGUAACGACCCACUCCACCACAUGGUAUGAUAUUAUCCGCUUUGGACCUGAACCCGCACGGUUUUGCUCUUGGGCUUCAUCCCAAAAGGCCUCGUACCAAUUGGAGGUGACACACUUACAUAUAAGCACUUCACCUUUCCUCUACCCAGGCGAUGUGGGACUUGUGCACCCGUAACUCGCCAAUGUGGUAGCCUGACAGUUUUUCUUGCACCCGCCCAUAAGGUCAUCACAAUCUACCCCCCUUGGAGGCCCGACGUCCCUGUCGGCACACUUCCGGCUGGGUCAGGCUCUGAUACCAUUUGUAACGACCUACUCCACCACAUGGUAUGAUAUUAUCCGCUUUGGACCUGAACCCACACGGUUUUGUUCUUGAGAUUCACCCCAAAAGGCCUCGUACCAAUUGGAGGUGACACACUUACAUAUAAGCACUUCACCUUUCCUCUACCCAGGCGAUGUGGGACUUGUGCACCCGUAGCUCGCCAAUGUGGUAGCCUGACAGCGUUUCUUGCACCCGCCCACGGCACACCCGUCCACAAGGUCAUCACAAUGAACUACUUGAGAAGGCCUGCUGCACCAAAAUUCCAAAAGAUUGCAAGAGAGAGACAAUGGUUCAGUUCAGCACCAGUUGUUGAGUAGAAACAGGUGGUGUAGCAUAGUAUAUCGACAAGGGCAAAAGCGACUUACCCAUCUUUUCCUGAAGGAAGCAGAGCAUGCCUUGCAAUUAGCCUUGAGUGAGGGCAACUGAUCAUCUAUGGUAGGCUUGUUUUAUUUCAUUCAUAAGUUAUGUAGAUUUGGAUUUUAUUUUAUCUUUUUGGUCGGUUUGUUGUUGAUAUAUAUAUAUUUGCCAUAUACUUGUAGAAGUUGCGAAAUUUUCAAGGAUUCGAGUAGAAAGAGAGUUAACAUUCAGUUCCCUUUUUUCAUAGUGAUUUUUCUAUUCUA